AUGAUGUCCUAUGGAGAGAGGCUGGGGGGCCUGACUGUCUCCCCACUCCCAGUCCGAGGGGGACACAUGAUGCGUGGGACAGCCUUUGCCUACGUGCCCAGCCCUCAGGUCCUGCACAGGAUCCCAGGGACCCCCGCCUACGCCUUCCCCAGUCUCAGCGCUGUGGCCCUUACUGAGCACGGCUGCCCCUAUGGGGAGGUUCUGGAGCGCCAUGACCCCCUGCCUGCCAAGCUGGCCCUGGAGGAGGAGCAGAAGCCAGAGCCUGGGCUGGCCCAGAAGCUGCGCCGGGCUGGCAUGACUCUCCUCAAGGUGCCCCUGAUGCUCGCCUUUCUCUACCUUUUCGUCUGCUCCCUGGACGUACUCAGCUCCGCCUUCCAGCUGGCUGGAGGGAAGGUGGCUGGUGACAUCUUCAAGGACAAUGCCAUCCUGUCCAACCCAGUCGCGGGGCUGGUGGUGGGGAUCCUGGUGACUGUGCUGGUGCAGAGCUCCAGCACCUCCACGUCCAUCGUUGUCAGCAUGGUCUCCUCUGGCUUGCUGGAGGUGAGCUCUGCCAUUCCCAUUAUCAUGGGCUCCAACAUCGGCACCUCUGUCACCAACACCAUCGUGGCCUUGAUGCAGGCGGGGGACAGGACUGACUUUCGGCGGGCCUUCGCAGGGGCCACGGUGCAUGACUGCUUUAACUGGCUGUCGGUUCUGGUCCUGCUGCCCCUGGAGGCCGCCACCGGGUACCUGCACCAUGUCACUCGACUGGUGGUCGCCUCCUUCAACAUCUGUGGUGGCCGCGACGCCCCUGACCUGCUCAAGAUCAUCACAGAGCCCUUCACCAAGCUCAUCAUCCAGCUGGACAAGUCUGUGAUUACCAGCAUUGCCACCGGUGAUGAGUCCCUGAGAAACCACAGUCUCAUCCGGAUCUGGUGCCACCCAGACCCCACAGGGGCUCCCACCCCCAUGCCCAGGGCAGAAGCCAACAACAGCUGGACCGUUGGAAAUGCCACUGUGGAGAAAUGCAACCACAUCUUCGUGGACACAGGGCUGCCUGACUUGGCCGUGGGGCUCAUUCUGCUGGCCGGCUCCCUGGUGCUCCUAUGCACCUGCCUCAUCCUCCUCGUCAAGAUGCUCAACUCUCUGCUUAAGGGCCAGGUGGCUAAGGUCAUUCAGAAGGUUAUCAACACUGACUUCCCCGCCCCCUUCACCUGGGCCACAGGCUACUUUGCCAUGGUGGUGGGUGCCGGCAUGACCUUCGUUGUCCAGAGCAGCUCUGUGUUCACCUCAGCCAUCACCCCACUCAUUGGCCUGGGUGUGAUCAGCAUCGAGAGGGCCUACCCCCUCACACUGGGCUCCAACAUCGGCACUACCACCACAGCCGUCCUGGCCGCACUGGCCAGCCCCAGGGACAAGCUGUCCAGCUCCUUCCAGAUCGCCCUCUGCCACUUCUUCUUCAACAUCUCGGGCAUCCUGCUGUGGUACCCGGUGCCCUGCACGCGCCUGCCCAUCCGCAUGGCCAAGGCGCUGGGCAAGCGCACCGCCAAGUACCGCUGGUUUGCCGUCCUCUACCUCCUCCUGUGCUUCCUGCUGCUGCCCUCGCUGGUGUUCGGCGUCUCCAUGGCAGGCUGGCGGGCCAUGGUGGGUGUGGGCGCGCCCUUUGGGGCCCUGCUGGCCUUUGUGGUGCUCGUCAGUGUCCUGCAGAAUCGCAGCCCCAGACACCUGCCCAAGUGGCUGCAGACGUGGGACUUCCUGCCCCGCUGGAUGCACUCCCUGCAGCCCCUGGACCGCCUCAUCACCCGCGCCACUCUGUGCUGUGCCAGGCCUGAGCCCCGCUCCCCCCCGCUGCCCACCAGGGUGUUCCUGGAGGAGCUGCCCCCCGCCACCCCGUCCCCCCGCCUGGCACUGCCUGCUCGACACAAUGCCACCCGCCUCUAGCCUGCGGCCCCAAGUGCCACCGGGGGCAGGGAAGGGCCUGUGCUUGGUGCCCGCUGUAGAAGGGCAGAGGGGCGUGUCCGUGCACUGUGGGCACGGGCCUGUCCUUGUGUGGGUCCUCAGGGGUCUGGGCUUGUGUGACUGAGAGUCAGUGUGUGGUGUGUGUGUAAGCAUGCUCAGGUGAGACCGUGUGUCAUCCUGCAUGUGUGGACUGACGCACCUGUGGGGAGCUGUGUGCAGGCUGCAGGGUACCUGGCUAUGAUUUGAGUCCUUGGCCCACAAGGGGGUCUUGUUGGGAGGCCUGCGCUUGGUUCUCCUGUACACACAAGUCCGACUUGGCGGAGCGGGAGUAAGGGUGGGUCUGAGGACAUGACUUGCGGCUGUUUGCUUGUGCAGAGAUGUGGGUGCUGAGUCACUGGCUGAGUUCUCACCCCUCCCGGUCACCUUCCUUCCUCCAUUAUACCACUCUCCUCAUCC